AUGUCUCGUAAAAGAGGUGACACCACGUAUACCAAUUGGGGAAAUUGCUCCUUCGAUAUAUUAAUUAAAAUUUUUCAAAAAUUACCUUACAAAGACAUACACACUUGCUUUAAAAUAAACCAGGCAUGGCAGGACGCGGUCGUAUAUUAUUGUAAUCAUUACCGAUUAUGGAAAAACUUAGUAAAUGAAACUAUUUUUGAUUGUGCUAGGUCCAUAAAGGAGCGAUCUGUUUUAUUUAAUCCUAAAGCUAUUUACCUAAAUCAUAUAAUAUGGGAACAUAUUAUAUCAUCAGCUGAAUAUGAAAUAGCAUAUUAUGACUUUGCAUGUAAAAAGAUUCAUGUCAAUAAAGACAAACUGAUUUUAGUACUAGAGAAUUCAGUAAAAGUAUUAAAUCCUUUUGACUUUGCAAUUUUGAAGACGGUGAAUAAAAAGGUUGUUGACUACUAUGAGACUUCGCAUUUGAUAGUUCUAGUGGACAAGAUGAAUCAUGAGGAAGUCAAGGUUUCUAUUAGCGAUUGCAAUGGAAAACAAAAAAUCGAGGAUUACCUAUUUUGUGAAAAUUCGCUACUCGUUCACAAUGAUCUCUGUUGGUGCAUGAAAAGCGAUCGAACUAUCGAACGGAUCAACUGGAUUGACAGUUCAUUCGUAUGCAAAUUCUACAAUACACAUUCCAAUAUCGGUCUUGUAGUAUACCACAAUAAACCAUAUUUGUUUACAAACGCUGGAUGUGUGUAUGCUAUAGUGGGGCAAGAUUACCGCCUGGAAAGCCAUUGGAGUAUGCCAGGCCUUGCCGAUUCGGUGCUGUGCUGGCUUGACAGGUUCACAGCAGUUUAUGGAAGCAAAAGUGCUACACAAGUACGUCAGUUACAUGACACGGAUGUGUUGACCUUCGUCAUUCCUAGACUAACAGCAGCCACGCGACAUGGUAAUUACUUGCUUCUUGGAUAUGUUGAUGGCCUGCUUGAAGUACACGACCACGCAGAUUUAAAUCAAAUGAAAAUGAAGCCAAAAAAGAAGAUGCAAUUGGACUAUAAUGAGCCAAUAAAUGCUUUAGAAGUGUGGCAGGGUAAACAAACACACAUCAUACUUGCUGCAAUCGGAGAUAAGCUAGCUAAAAUUCGUCUUUCCUACUUCGAUCAACAAUAUUUUAAAUAA